AUUCGAUACGAAAUACUUGCAAUGAUAUUCAGAACAAUAGACAGUUGUGGCCACAAAAUCCUACCCCAUCCUUGAUUAUUGCCGCGGCUUUAAUAAAACUGCGGAAUUAAAAAAUUGCGGAACUUUAGUACAGCAGCGCGUUGUCUCUCUUCGGACUGUUUAUAGAGAUGGACGUGCACAUUUUGCGUCGGUGCUAAGUUAUGGCUUUGCUUAACUGGCCAGUAUAACUAACACAUUCCCACGAGACCGCUUUAUAACACUAUAAAGUAAUAUUUUAUCAACGAUGAUUGAAAAAUAUGGCCGAGGAGGACGAACUCGCUGCGUUCAGGGAGUGUUGGAAAGAAGAAUUAACGAGUAAUAAAGAGGAUAAGCCACUCGUGUGUGCUCCUUCCCCUUCCUCGGAUGUUUCUGUUCAGGCAGGCCAGAACGACUUCAAAAAUAGGUAUUUUGAAGACCUAAACAAUCUCAACAAGGCCUGUAGUCCUUCACAAUCAGAAGGUGGUGGUCGCAUUGAGGAUGAAGCAUGUGUUGGUGGAGGCGGAAAGGCUACAGCAGAGUCAGAGGACCAGCCUGAGUAUGUGGCCAUUGCACGUAGUUUGUUGGACGGGAGGACCAGUCCCUUGCUGGACAGGAUCCAAGAGGAGAGAACCAGGAGAAAGAGACAGUAUCAAAACAUGACGAACGCCUGCAGCGCGUCCCUGCAGCAGCCACAACAGCCACAGCCUAAGAGAAAGGUCAAGAAAGACGACGAGCUGUUGGAUCUACUCAUUCAGGAUCUGAAUGAAGUCAAUGACAUUCCCUUCUUUGAUGUUGAGCUGCCGUACGAGUUAGCCUUAAAGAUAUUCCAGUAUCUAAACUCUACUGAGCUAGGCCGAUGUGCACAGGUGAGCAGGGCAUGGAGAGUCCUCGCAGAGGACAGCGUUCUGUGGUUCAAGAUGUGCACGGAGGAGGGUUACCAUCAUGAGGCCAGUGUGUCUGACUCGCCGUGCUGGAAGAGCACGCUGCGAGACUGCAGGAACUCGGCCAAAACUGUGCGCUCCAACUGGAAGAAUCGAGUGGGAUCCAUCAGCCAGCUGCAGUUCGAGCUGGGGAAGGUGCUGUGUGACGUCAGUUCCUGUGACAACUUCGUCUUGGCUGGGUACACGUCUGGUGAUGUGAGGCUGUGGGACACGCUAAACUGGGACUCAACAGCCUCUUACCUGAAGGUUAACAGCUUGUCAGCUAACUCGGAACCCAGACCUUAUGUCCGUUACGUCCAGGUCAACAGCACAGUGGCUGCUGCCACUUAUGAAGAUGGCUGUGUGGACCUGUGGAGCACAGAGACAGGUGGAGAGCCCCUCCUCCACUACCAGAGCACAGGGACGAUACAGGCCCUGGCCCUGAGCCCUGACAGUCCCACCCUGUGCUCCGCCGCUGGGCCUGACAUUCGGCUGGACUGUGCUGACGAUCGCGGCUACUGGAGGACCGUCUGCCAGGUUCGGCUGCCCAAGCCUGUAGAAAGCCUAGUUUUGGUGCCAGGCAGGGGCCAGCAGUGCCCUCUGGCGGCCCUGGUAGCUGGAGAGGCUGUGUACCUGCUGGAUCCCCGGGAGGAGAAGCCACAGACGCUCCACUCAGUCUACGGUCAUCCUGUUACCUGCCUGGAUGCCUCUGACUCCCAUGUUGCACUUGGAGUGAAGCGUACAGGCUGGGCCAUGCACGAUGGAGGAAACAAGAUCCACGUCUACAGCUUAGAGACGUGCAAAUCUGUGGCUUGUGUCGGCGACUCGCUGGGAGAUUUCACCUGCAUCAACCUGAGAGACAGCCCUCCUCACCUGCUGGUGUGCGGAAAUAAAGACAGGAGGGUGAGGGUGUUUGACCUACGAGCCGGCUCUUCCGUAGCAUCCCUGUACGCCCACCACCUGGGUGUCACCUCGGUGCAGGCGGACGACUGGAAGAUCGUGAGCGGCGGGGGUGAAGGAUUGGUAUGCGUGUGGGAGAUGAGGAUGGGAGCCAAGCUGUGGGAGAUGCACAACAGGCAUCCUGUUAGGCAUGUACGCUUCAACACCAGUACCCUGGUAACAGCCAACAUCCCUGAUGACAAGUCGCCAAGGGGCGCCUGCAUCACAGAUGAUGACCUUACAGCUCACCGCAGACACCGGGGAGUCAUCUGCCAUUACGACUUCUCUGAGGACGCGUUGUCACAGGAUCACAUCCUGCCCAUCUGCAGGUCCGACUACAUUGACUCAUCCGGCUACAACUACAACAUCGGUCUGGCGGUGCCUUACGACAGGCUGCCUGGCUCCCAUCCAUCCCACUGACACGCAGUUUUCCAAACUGCAACCAGGCUUAGUGAGUGACUGAACUGAGAACAGAAACUUUUACCCUUGAUCAGUUUGAUUCUCCAAACUGUAUCCUUUUAAUAAUUAGCAGUUUCCUUUUAUCAUCCUCGUCAAAUCAAGCUUCUUGGAAAUGUAAGGUUACAGUGUACAGUAUAUUAUCUGUAACUGUUGGGAUUUGUAAAUUCCAAUGUUGAAUUCAGUUUUAAGAGAUUAUGCACAGGAUCACAUCCUUGGAAACAAAUACUGUCAAAUGUAUGGAUUUUUAAUUGGUUGAAUUUGAUUCAGUGCCGCUGUGCAACAUUACAGCAAUAAUGGCUUAUUCUA